AUGAAGGAUUGCACUGCGUGUAAGUUGGCGGCGAGCAGUGCCCCGGAGAAGGCUGAAGAGGAGGAAGGCCAGAGCAUAGGGGGGCUGCCAGUAAAGACUGCCAGCAGCCUCAAGGAGGUCGCCGAGAAUGCUUUGUGCGAGCUGACAACUGGCAGUGUGGGAGCAGAUGAGGAUGUUGAACACGUGGAAGAGCACAGUUCCCGGGCAUCUGCUGCAGGAACCCGCUCGCUGUCACCGCCAUCGCUUCCCAUGUCAGUCGAUGAGGGGCUGCCAGCAAAGACUGCCAGCAGCCUGAAGGAUUUCACCGUGGAGAAUGCUCGGAGGGAGCUGACGGAUGGCAGUGAUGGCAGGGUGGCAGCACAUGAGGAUGUUGCAGGAGGGCGCAGCCGCAGUGGCUCGUCUUCGUCAUCCUGCGGAUUGGAGGACGAGGUCUCGGCCUUGGGCCGCGCGGAGUGUCAAGAGCUCCAAGACUCCAUCAAGCAGAUGAAGCUGGAGGCCGAGGCUUUACGCCUCCAGAUGGCGCGAGUGGAGGAUGAGCGGGAUGCGGCGCUGGCACACGCCGCAGCGGCCGAGGAGGAGGCCUGUCGUCGAAGUGCCAAGCAGCAGAGGGUCAUCGAAGAGGUGCAGAAGUGUGAGGCCUUCCUCCAGGGCGAGGCGGAGCAGCAGCGGGAGGAGCUUCGCGACACUCAGGCACAUGUGAGGUGCUUGCAGAAGGAGCUUGCAGCUGCGCUCUCAGAGGCUUCAGCGGCGAAGGAGCUGCGCGAAGCCUUGGAAACGGCUGAGGCUGAAAUGGCAGCUCAGAACUGCGUGGCCCCAGGCAGCAAGCCGGUCCACGCGCCGCUGGGCACGAAGGACUGCAAGCAGUUCCACUGCUCCCGAUCCUUGCUCCACUGGCGUGAUGCUUUUCGCCUUCACCUGCGUUCCCAGCUGCGCGACGAUCUGCGCCGGGCGGACGUGCGGCGGCACGGGAGCAGAGCAGAGCUGGCGCUGGGGCGAGGCUUGAGGCAGUUGAGGCUGGCGCCCAGCCCAUCACCCUCUGCGCCGUGCGCCCACGAGCCGCGCGCAGAGCGGCGCUCGGAACGUGCCGAAGUCGGCAGCGUGUCUCCGGCAAUCGAGCGAAGGCCCGUCCGGUCCCAGUCUGUGCCGGUGCUGCGCGGCGGCGGCCGCGUCCGGGCCGCGGCGCAGUCCGUGCCGGUGCCGCCCACCGCGCCCGGCGGGUGCGGUGUGCCCAGCCUAGCCAGCAGCCUAGCAGUGGCUGGCCAGCCUCGGGCGGUGCGCAGUGAAGAGAAGCAAGUGGCAGCUCCUUGGGAUGCUGGAAGGGUGCAAUCACCGGAGUGGGUCCAAACCGAAGCGCUGAUCUUUGAAGUCUGCAAGCACCGCCUGGCCUUCUCGGUGCUCUUGGCGUUUCUUCCGGCUGCCAUGGGGAGUGACAGUGCGUCGACCCAGGCACCCUCCACCACUGUGCUGAAGGUGGAGGAUGGCGCACAGACCUCCACAUCCACCGGAUUGUUGGAGGAAGUCAUGGACGUGUCCAGCAACCCCACCACUGGCAUCGUAGCCGCGCUAGUGGGCGGCAUUUGUUUGCUGGUGAUUUUUUGGCGAUGCUUCAAGUGGUUGACCAGCCCAAAGAAGACCCCAGCACCCUUGCUGGCGGACACCGAGCUCACCGAAGGGGACCCAGUGCAUGCUCCCGAUCCGCCCAAUGCGCUGUGGAUGGGCGGCGCUGGUCCGGCGCGUGAGCUAAUGCCUUCGAGUUCCGCCGGUUUUACGUCGUUCUGA